ACACAACCUGAUUCGUGAAGCGCGAGUUCCAAGGCUGCGCUGUUUGUGCGCGAUCGCCGAUGAGUCAAAACAGACAUCACACCACCCAAUGAUGAAAGGCGUAUGCUUCAUCUACAGUACGGCCAUGCGCGGUGACAAGGGAGUGGCUGGGCUCAGCAUGGUUCGGUGGUUUGUAAUUGCGAUAUUUGUGCGUUUUCUCGGUCAGCGUCAGGUCGAGCCUCGAACCUUCCCUCGAGGAGAUUUUCAAGGGAGUUGAGCACAGAAAAGAUUCCGCAUGCGACUUCCCAUAUCUCCCCAAAUUCACUGAUCUAACGACGCCUUUAAAAGAACAAUUCACUUCCUUGCCCAUAUCACACACCCAACAGAGCCCUCCUCCUUUCCACUGUCAGGCGGAAGCGACGACUUGAAACAAUGGAGCAACCCAAGAACCCAGCCACUCAGCUCGAGACCAGCACGACGACGGUAUUGAUACGCAAUCUUCAUUGCCCAUCCUGCGUAUCGAACAUCAACGAUGUCCUUUCCACUCUUGAUCCGAAGCCGCUGUCGGUUUCUAUCUCCAUCGUGUCUCAAACCGUUGUGGUCCAGCACACACUGUCUUUGCCGGUUGAGAAUAUCGCACACGCGCUUAGGGAAGCUGGCUUCGAAAUAGACAGUAUAAUUCCAGAUCAUAUUACCGAGUCCGAUGGAGCUGCAGGGGUUGGCAUUGAGCAAGAUGGCCAUCAGCGAACGCCGUUGCAUCCACAGGGAACGACAAGAUGGGGAACUUCGGGAAGAAACAAGAAGGACGAGGAAGAGCGAGAAAGAGCGACACAUUUAGAGAGAUGUGAUCAGUGUCGCGCGGAGCAGGAGGAAAAUAGGGGAUCAAAAUCCAUGAUUCUGCCUACCUCGAUGAGCGUCAAGGAGUUACCUCAGCAGAACGAACGUGGUGAAAUGGACCCAACCCACGAUGUCGCCGAUGUAGCGCCUACAGAUCAACCUUUUACGGUUGUAGGUACCCGCAAAUCACAACUAGUACGAGCCUGGCUGUCGAUCUCCGGCAUGACCUGCAGCUCCUGCGUUGGCAAUAUCACUGAGGUUCUCCGAUCUAAGACGUGGAUACAGUCUGUUGAUGUCAAUCUUCUCACCAACAGCGCAUCUGUGGACUUUUAUGGCAGGGAACAUCUUGGCGAUAUUACCGAUGCCAUCGAAUCCACUGGGUACGAAGCAACAGUUCACCAGAACGAAGAUAUUGAGGAUCAGACCACCGAUGAUUUAUCACGGACGGACGAUAUAUGGCGCGCAUCUUAUGCCAUAGGUGGAAUGACGUGCAGUUCUUGCGUUGGUAGCAUUGAGAGAGCGCUUGAGAUGUUUGACUGGGUUGUGAGGGUAGAAGUCAACUUGAUCUCAAAUAGCGCUACGGUGCUAUUCAAAGGGAAAGGCCACCUGGGGCAAAUUGCGAAGGCCAUUGAAGAGAUAGGAUACGAGGCGACAUUGAGUGCUAUGGACGAUUUGAACAUGGCUCGCAAGCAGGACAAUCAGAGGACGGUAUCUAUUCGCGUUGACGGCAUGUAUUGUGAUCAUUGCCCUUCGCGAAUCUUGGACGCAUUGAAAGCGGGCGGGAGCCGUGUGCAAAUCGAGGGGACUCUAUCAAGGACGAAUCCCAUCUUGAAGGUCACAUACAUUCCUGACGCACCCGAAUUUACGAUUCGACACAUUCUUGCCACCAUAUCGGCAGCAGAUGCAUCUUUUAGAGCCUCUGUCUAUCAUCCUCCGACACUUGAAGAACGCUCCCAAAAGAUGCAAGCCGAACAUAGGCGCCGUAUUUUGCUUCGUCUCAUACUUUCUAUCACGGCCGCCAUCCCGACUUUUAUAAUCGGAAUUGUCUUCAUGAACCUUCUGCCAUCUAGCAAUACCGGUCGGCAGUACUUGAUGCAUCCGAUAUGGUCCGGUAACGUUAGUCGAGGGGAGUGGGCGCAGUUUAUCACAGCUACCCCUGUUUACUUCUUCGCAGCAGACCUCUUCCACCGUCGCGCAAUUAGGGAGAUACGAGCGCUGUGGAGACCAGGAAGUCAGACACCAAUCCUCCAAAGGUUUUACCGUUUUGGUAGUAUGGAUAUGCUUAUGUCUUGGGGUGUCUCGAUUGCUUAUUUCUCUUCAAUCGCCGUGCUGGCUAUCGAUGCUACGCAACCUUCUGAUGCAACAGCGAUGAAAGCAAGUUCCUCUUAUUUCGAUGCUGUAGUGUUCUUAACAAUGUUCCUAUUGAUCGGAAGGCUACUCGAAGCAUAUAGCAAAGCGAAGGCCGGGGAUGCGGUGACGAUGUUGGGGAAACUUCGACCGACUGAAGCAAUCCUCACUAGUCACAGGGGAGGAGGUUUCGGGUACAACCACCAUAAUACCCAGGGACAGCAACAGUCAGUCCACAUUGACCUGGUCGAAUGCGGUGAUACCGUUCGAGUCCUUCACGGCGGCUCUCCGCCUUGCGAUGGCAUUAUUAUCGAAGGCGAGUCGAGGUUUGACGAGUCGAGUCUGACAGGGGAAUCCAGACUCCUGGCGAAGUCAAUCGGUGAUGAAGUCUUUUCCGGCACAAUCAAUACAGGCGACCCUAUCUCUAUCGAAGUCUCUCGUAUCUCUGGAGCCUCUAUGCUAGAUCAAGUCGUUGCAGCUGUCCGAGAGGGGCAGACAAAACGAGCGCCAAUUGAGCGCGUUGCCGAUGUACUGACCAGCUAUUUUGUCCCGGUUGUCACCUUCAUUGCGGUCUCCACUUGGAUUAUCUGGUUGAGUCUCGGACUUUCUGGCUCGCUUCCUCAAAGCUACCUGGAUGUUGGCGUUGGAGGCUGGCCGUUCUGGUCGUUACAAUUUGCAAUCGCCGUCUUCGUUAUCGCUUGUCCUUGUGGCAUUGGACUCGCUGCUCCUACCGCUCUCUUCGUUGGUGGUGGUCUAGCAGCCAAACAUGGGAUCCUCGUCAAAGGGGGAGGAGAGGCGUUUCAAGAAGCCAGCGAUCUUGAUUGUAUUGUCUUCGAUAAGACUGGUACGCUGACCCAAGGCGGAGAGCCUGCUAUUACCGACCAUGUCUUGGGUAGCGAGGAGGACUCUGACUUUACCUUUGGUGCAAUUAAGGUAUUAGAAGAGAGCAGUAGCCACCCGAUUGCAAAGGCGUUAGUUUCAUUCUGCGAGGCUAGGCAGGCGGAAAGACUUCAAUCGACACGACUAACAGAAAUUCCUGGCAAGGGACUAAAGGGUUCCGUGGUGUCGGCGACAACCAAGGAGAGCAUCGAGGUCUUGAUCGGGAACGAGCCUUUGAUGAUGGAUCACAACGUUGAUAUCCCGAAAUCAUCCGUUGCUACCCUUGAGAGCUGGAAGGUUCAAGGGAAGUCGGUUGCGUUGGUGGCUGUGAGAUCGGUCUCCAACGCCGAGACACCUGUAACAACAUUGAAAACGGAAACGACUUGGAGGCUGUCAGCAAUUUUUGCAAUAGCGGAUCCGCUUCGUCCUGAAGCUCGCGAUGUCAUUAUGGCGCUUCGCGGCCGGGGCAUCGACGUUUGGAUGAUAUCUGGCGACAGCCCUACCACAGCGUUUGCGGUAGGCGAUCUGGUUGGCAUUCCAAGAACAAACAUUAUCGCUGGGGUCCUACCCAAUCAAAAGGCAGAGAAGAUCAAGUCCCUUCAGAAAUCCUUGAAGAAGAUGAAUCGCGGUUAUCAAAGAGCAAUAAUCGCCAUGGUUGGAGAUGGUAUCAAUGACUCUCCUGCUCUAACCGUGGCCGACGUGGGCAUUGCCAUUGGCUCUGGAUCAGACAUCGCCAUUUCCUCUGCGGAGUUUGUCCUCAUUUCACCGGGCCUGGCCCCCUUGCUCACGCUCAUCGACCUCAGCCGAACCGUGUUCACAAGAAUCAAAUUCAAUUUCGGCUGGGCCCUGGUCUACAAUUUGCUUGCCCUCCCUGUAGCUGCUGGCGCGCUAUAUCCGAUCAAGACCAGUGGAGGCCAUGUCAGGCUUGACCCUGUCUGGGCUAGUGUAGCUAUGGCAUUAAGCAGUCUGAGUGUUGUCUGUAGCAGCCUUCUGUUGAGGACGAGGCUGCUGGUCGUGGGUUUUAGAGCGGGCAAGGGGCGAACAGGGUCUCGAGAGUAAACUGCGGAGUCUCUGCUGAUUAUAGGGAUUCAAGGUUUGGGUUUGGGUUUUUUUAUCAACUAUUUGCAUUUUCAAAAGCCUAGCAGUUAACUGUCAUGCAAGUGGAGCUUGGCUGAAAGUUUCAGGUUCUCUCAUGUCUGUCCGUGCAAUUUCGAUGGAUUAAGUAGCAGCUGUUUCACGAGCCUCAGUUGGUUCCUUUUAGUUGCUUGGCGC